AUGGCCGCCAUUUUCUCUGCUGCUUCACCGCCGCCUCCCUCCAGCAGCGGGAUCGAUAACCGCGGCCUUCCCCGCCCGCCUGGGAGGGAGGGCCCGCCCCCUAAGGCCGCAUCUGGCAGCCUAUUGGCGAGCGCGGCGCGAUUCUCUACUGCUAAUGGAGACCGGAGUAGUCCGUCAAGCCCAGCGGGAACUUCCCGUUGGCCAGCAGGGACUUCAUUCAAUGAAGAGUCGGGAAGAGGAAGAGGGGCCCUGCUUGCAGCUUCAUCAGUCUGUAUCACAGAGAAACAGCAGAUGGAUUCAAUGUAUCAUCUGUGGCUGAAAUCAGAUUUGGGGAUAAUUCUGGAGUUCCCUACACUAUUUAGUUCUGUGUCCAGCCCAGCAAGGAUGAAGCAUUGCUUGGAAGAGAGCUGUGGUGUUUUCUUAUCUACAGUUAGAUCCAUCUUCCAAGGUCUCUGUGGUAUUUCUACACCAGUGACGUUGUCUCCCGCAGCUCUUCUGCUCUACCAGCCAUAUCACCAGGGCAACAUGGCAUUCACAGGCAAAUAUGAAGUAGAAAGUGAUGAGAACUACGAUGACUUCAUGAAGAAGAUUGGUAUCCCCAGUGACAUCAUAGAAAAGGGAAGGAAUUUCAAAAUAGUCUCCGAGGUGGUACAGAAUGGAGAUGAAUUCACCUGGUCGCAGCAUUAUCCAGGAGGCCACUCCAUGAACAACAAAUUCACAAUUGGCAAGGAAGCAGACUUGGAGGCAGUGGGUGGUAAAAAGUUCAAGGCAACUGUUAAAAUGGAAGAUGGCAAAAUAGUAGCGGAUUUUCCCAACUAUCAUCAUACUGCAGAGAUUUCUGGAGGAAAGCUGGUAGAGAUUUCUACUGCUGGUGGUGUAACCUACAAAAGAAUCAGCAAAAGGAUUGCUUAAGACAGUAAAGCCAGUCCUCCAGUGCACUGAGAAAUAAGCAACAAUACAAAUAAAUAAAAUACAGUUCUGAUCUCUC